UAGUCUAGUCUCACUCCUCAGUCCUCAACCCAGCAACAGAGACAGACAUGAAUUCAGCACCUCAUCUUCUUCUUCUUCAGCAAUCUCUCCCGCCAAUAUCUUCCCUACAAAACCCAAAACCCACACUGAGACCCUCACUCCCGGCGCAUAAUAGCACCCCCGGCGCACGAAAAUCCACACCAACUUACAUAACAGCUUGCGCCAAAACAACACGAAAAACAGGAGGAAGAAGAAAAAACCCUGAUGACUACCACGCCACUCUUACAGCUCUCAACUCCAAAGGCCGCUUCCCCAGAAAAUCACUCGGCCAGCAUUAUAUGUUGGACUCAGAGAUCAAUGACCAGCUUGUGGCUGCGGCCGAAGUUGGGGAAGGUGAUGUGGUGUUGGAAAUUGGGCCGGGAACUGGUUCUUUGACUAAUGUUCUUAUCAAUGCUGGUGCAACUGUGCUCGCAAUCGAAAAGGAUCCAUACAUGGCUACUCUUGUAAGCGAAAGAUUUGCGCAGACUGGUCAGUUGAAGGUUCUACAAGAGGACUUUGUCAAAUGUCAUAUUCAUUCACACAUGUCAUCAUUAUUGAGAAGUAUAGAGUCAUCCGGUGCAAGUUCAAGACAUGCAAAAGUAGUCGCUAAUAUACCCUUUAAUAUAAGUACAGAUGUAGUCAAACAACUUCUUCCAAUGGGUGACAUCUUCUCUGAAGUAGUUCUCUUACUCCAGGAGGAGACAGCUUUCCGCUUGGUGGAGUCAUAUCUGCGGACAUCUGAGUACCGGCCUAUCAAUGUCUUUGUCAAUUUCUAUUCAGAUCCUGAAUUUAAAUUUAAGGUCCCCAGGACAAACUUCUUUCCUCAGCCUAAUGUUGAUGCUGCUGUUGUUAAGUUUAGGCUGAAGCAACCUACACAGUAUCCCCCAGUUUCCUCUACUAAAAGCUUCUUCUCAAUGGUCAAUUCAGCUUUUAAUGGGAAACGCAAAAUGUUGCGGAAAUCACUUCAGCACAUAUGCACGCCCUCGGAGAUUGAAAGUGCUUUGGAAAAUGUUGGUCGACCUGCCACGUCAAGACCAGAAGAGCUAACCACGGAUGAUUUUGUGAAGUUGCAUAAUUUGAUUGUGAAGGAGUAGCUAUUUGUGCUUUCCCUGGAAGACCUGUGGUAUCAAAUGCAAGCUAGCCAGUUCCCCAGAUACUGCAUAUUUCGAAGAGUGAACGCAACAGUAUACAAGGCAAGCUGGACAAAUUCCAUUAUUCUGCUGAUGGAACGGGCAAAUGGGAAAAGAAAUGGAUCGUUAGCAGACUUGUUCUGCAAAACUGGUUUUCAGGGGCCCUAUCAGUACUACUUAAGCAGAAUCAUCAGUUCUUUAGUCCCUAAACCAUGUUCAUAGUCGAAAUAGUGAUCAUGAUUCGUGUAUUGUAUUGUAUAAAUGUUUCUCAUAUUAAGACUGAGAGACACAUUUGUAUCCCAUUUUUAAGAUAUACCAAAUUGUAUAUUGUAGUGGACAUGAAACUGUGUUUGUUGUAAGAAUCA